AUGAUAUUAAUGGAAUCCAUUUAUUACGUAAGUACCUCCGACAUGAAAUCGCCCCGACCCCUCCCCCCCCCCAAAAAAAAAAAUUCUAAUGCGCCAUAUUUAAAAUGUUCCCGUACCGCCUUAUAACUCGGGUCGUCCUUAAGAACUUUCUUUCGAGUUUUCGCUAGAAUUAUUCCCGGAAACUGUUUAGGUCUCGAUUAAUUUACCCGAGUAUCCCGUAAGGAAUCAUUUUGACUUGCCCGGUAACUUCUUUACCUCAUAUUGUUAUGUCCUAGACUAAAUGUCUCUCAUUGCUACAACUUGUUUAUCGGUUAUUUAUUUAUUUCCAGAUCAUGAGUGCAGAAAUGUUUUCAUUUGUAUUGGAAAACUUGCCCAAUGAGUGGGAAAAAGAUGUAAACUAUAAUGAAAGUUACAAGUUAUUUACAGUGAACGAUAAUACUGAAGAGUAUAGAACGGUAAAAGAAUUAUUUACACAGCAUGCCAUUAAAAGCAUUGUCAGGGUUCAAAAUCCUUUUCAAUAUGGCCGAUUUAAGUUACGACAAGAAAUGUGUGAAACAUACUAUGUGGUAAAGAAAUUACAAGAAAAUUAAUCGGUUUAGUGACUAGUAGUAGUAUAGUCUUAUUGUUUAUAUUUAAAACCUACCUAGGUAGAUACUAGUAUCGUAUUGAAUUAUGAAAUAUAAUUUAGACAAGUAUUAGUACCUACCUAAAUUAGGUUUAAUCUUCAUAGUAAAUGCACAAUUUUCUUUUAAUCCUUCCUCGGUCCACAUCAUACACUGAAUUAGUAGGUAUUUGGUAAUGUGGACCAGUAGGUAGUAUAUUUAAUCACCACGUCAAUUUGAUAAAUUAUUAAAAAAAUAUCAACUAACAAUUUCUGUAUCAUACUAGGUCAUUCCAGUGUUUGACUUACUGGGGGAUUCAGGAUGUCUGGACUAGUGGCAGAGAAAAAGCUCUUAAAAUCGUUAUUAGAUUUUAUUGAUUGCUGUGACUAUAGUUCUCCAUUUCUAGACUCUAGACCCCCCCAGACACUAAUAUAAUUUCAACAAAACAUCUAAAAAAUAGGCAUCUAUAUAUUAUAAAUAUCUUUUAAAUUCAUAUAAUUUUCAGAACCUCUCCUGAAUUGGCGAAUUCCUAAAUUAAUGUCCAAUAAUUUAAUUUAAUUUUCUUUAUCGUUCUUUUAUUAUAUUAUAUGUAUACAUUUUAUUUUUUUAACAUACACAAUUGUAGAUGAAUGGUAACUCAAUCUACUUUUUUGAUUUUCUACAUGAUAUCACCAAAAUCAAACAAUAGUGUUUUAGUUGUUUGACAUAUUAUUUUUUUAUGACCCCAUGAUAUUAAAUAAUUAUUUUUCUUAUUACAAUUUGUAUUUACAGGAUACUGUGUACUGUAUUGUACACACUGAUGAUCUGUCAAUAGCAUUAAAAUACACGUGUGAUUAUAGAAGAUAUAAUAAAACAGCUUAUGGUCCAAAUUUGAAUAAGCAACCUAAAUUUUAUAAUUCAGUAUCUUCUGCUAUUACUAAUAAUUUUAUAGAUUUAGAAAAUGCAAAAGUCUUGGUUUUGUAUAAAAUUUCCGGAAACACAUUAACUCAGAGUGACUAUUAUGUACAAUAUGUCGUUAGUCUUUCGUCUUUUUAA